AUGGCCAACGUCCGUUCUCGCGGCUCUGCCGCUCGUCGUGCCCGCGCUGCCCGCCGUGCCGCUGCUCCUGCUGCCACUGCUGCCGCCACUGCUCCUGCUCCGGCUCCUCGUGGCCGUCGGGGUCGCCCUCCUGGUCGUGGGCGUGUUGCUGCUCGCGCUGGUCGCGGGCGUGGUGUGUCUCGUGGCCGGGGGGGCGCCCUGGUUGGCGUCGUCAUCUCCGCUCCCGCCUCCGCUGCGCCGCCCCCGCCUCCGCCACCACCUCCCGCUGCGUCGUCGCUCGCCCCCCCCCUCGGUCCGGGCCGCGCUCCCGUGGGAGAGCAUUGCUACCGGUGCCUACAGGCGCCCAGAUGGGGUGGGGGGGCGCCGUUGCCGUUUUGUAACGGCUAUAGCCAAGAUGGGGCCAAGUGCCUCCGUUGUCGGGCCCUACACCAGCCCUGCCAAUCCUUCCCUGCCGCCGCGCUCCCCGAGGCCGACGACGUGGUUGCUGCCCAGGUGGCUUUGGAGGUUGCGCACCCCCGUGCUGUGGGUCUCGCUCUUGAGGCCGUCGCUCGCGCGGCUCAGGCUUUUCGGGCCCGGGUCGCCGCGAGCGGCGGUCCUCUGCCCCGCGGGGCCCCCCCUGCGUUGGCGCCUGUUGCUGCUGCUGCUUCUCCGACUCCCCCUUUUGUGUCUGCGCCGGGGUCCCCGAUGGCCGCGCCUGCUCCUGCAGGUAUUUGGGCCGCCGCGGUUCAGUUUUUCUCUGAGUAA